CACACAUAGAUACAUACAUACCAUGGAAUUCGUGCUAACUGUGUUGCUACUUUCUAUUGUGUUGUGCAUCAGCGCAGUUGCCGUCUUUCGGCGUCGUGCUUGGGCUUGGGCUGUCCACGACGGUCAACAGCUGAUCAUCGAGAUCCGCGACCCUACCAUCGCCCGCCGAGCGCUCAUGGACCACGCUGAUGCCUUCUGCAACCGACCACUGAACCUAUUCCCCGUGGCCCUGGUCAGCGGGCGUCGCCGCAGUCACAGCGACAACCUCACGUCCGUGCCCUACGACCCGCGUUGGCGCGCUCUCCGGUGCACCCUCAACGCCGCGGUCCUCCACCCAUCACGUCUUGGACACACGGACCCGCUGCGCCUCGAGGCCAUGGAUACUCUCGUUGCUGACCUCCGCGUUCGGGUCCAGUGCGGCGGCGGCAGUGAGAUUGUCGUCCGCGACAUCCUCAACGCCGCCGUGUUUCCGCUGGUAGCUCGCAUGUGCUUCAGUAGCGGCGUGGACGAGGGUCACGUAUGCGCCAUGCGUGACUUGCUCCAGGCCUUUGUGCUGGCCUUUGAUGGCAGCAUAGAUUUCGCCGGCUCCAAGACAGCGAAGCUGCUGCACUGGAGGCAGUGGCGCCGGUUCCUCUCCUUCCGAGGCAAGCAGGCUGAGCUUUUCCUCCCUCUGGUCAACACAAGACGGAACGCUAACCGUCAUCUCACGCUCAGUGGUGGCCUGCCGGCAUAUCUAGACCACCUCCUCGACGCCCGCGUCCCCGUCGACGACGACACAGCCGACGGCAAGGCCCUGCGCCCUCUCAUAGACGACGAGCUGGUGAGCCUUCUCUCGGAGUUCCUCGGUGCUGGGCCAGGGACCGUGGUAUCCAGCAUGGAGUGGACCCUCGCCCACCUCGUGCUCCAACCGGAGGUCCAGAACAACAUCCGACGCGAGGUCGACGCCGUGGAGGGCGCAUUGUCCGAGGCACGCGUCCGGCAGAUGAAGUACAUGCACGCCGUCGUUCUAGAGAGCCUUCGGCUCCACCCGCCGAUUCUGGUGUUCCUGCGCGACGUGGCUGAUCAGGCGGUCGCCGAAAUCCUGGGAUGCGCCGCCGCCGCCGUGCCGACGGAGGGGAUGCGGGCGCACUUCAACCUGGGAGAGAUCGGCAGGGACAAGAAUCCUUUGGGCCCCGGCACCAGGCCCACGCCCUCCCCCUCGCCCCGGCACCAGGCCCACACCCACGCCCACGCAUGCGUGGGCCUGGUGACGAGGAUUUAGGGUUUUUUGAAACAGUCAACCCCUGACUUGGUAGUUAUCAGCGAAAAAUAAAAUUUGAUAAUUUUUUGAAACCCUAACCUAUAAAGUAGUAGUUUUAUGCUAUUUACUCAGCGAGCGAGGUAGGAAAGGCUGAUCAUGCCACUGAAUUGAAGCAAGCCUCAGUACAUGGGCGUGGCUGCUCACUAUACUGUACUGCGUGGGCGUGGGUGUGGGCAUGAGCGUGGUAAUCAUUGUUGUGGUAGGGUGAAACCCUAAAUGGAGGUCUUUCACGAAUUGGAGCUAGUGUGUUUAUUUACAGGAGUACGUGUUGAGCUUUUGUGAUUGUCUGUUCAAAUUAAUGUGUUGUGGGACUUGCUUCAUUUUCAACAAUUUGUUUGCAAGAAUUAAUAGAUAGAUCCAUGAAUGGACAUAUAAAAAAGCUGGUGCUCACAUAUAUUUACAUGUAGCAUCUGGUGCGUUUAGUACGAGCAAGAAGAAUGUAUUGAGCUCGCUCGCAGCAGGUUACGUGGGGGGUGUGCUUUGGCAUGCUGUGCUGCAGUGUGUGUGCAGCAACAGUCGACUACCACUUCCUCUGGAUGAACACAACCAGAGCAAAGCAAGCAAACUUAUUAGAGGAAGAAGGUGUUUGCAAUUCAGUGCAUAGGGUCCUCUCCAGGAGUGUCUGUCUGGAUCUUCUUCAAAAAGGUGCGUCUAUGCAUUGAUUGAUUGUCGAUCGAUCAA